GGUCUUUUCGGUUGGGUUUCCCCUUGUGCAAUCUAUUCCAUUCCAUUUCAUUUCAUUCUACAGAUAUUUACCUAGUUGUAGUACCUUGUGCUCCAGUUUCAACUCGCGCUCCUCGUUGGCUUCUCAGAUCAAGCAUCAGGGAGCUUGGAGGGUUGAUUCUCUGGUGCAACAAUCAGUCAAUAGAAAAUGUUUUUUGAUGGAUAUGGAUAUCAUGGGACAUCAUUUGAGCAGACAUAUCGAUGUUACCCUGCUUCCUUUAUUGAAAAGCCCCAAAUUGAAAGUGGUGACAAAAUUAUAAUGCCUCCGUCUGCUCUUGACCGUCUAGCAUCUCUGCAUAUUGAUUAUCCAAUGUUAUUUGAACUCCGGAAUGAUGCUGUUGAGCGGGUUUCUCACUGUGGGGUUCUAGAGUUCAUUGCAGAGGAAGGCAUGAUAUACAUGCCAUACUGGAUGAUGGAGAACAUGCUUUUACAAGAGGGUGACAUUGUUAGAGUGAAAAAUGUGACACUUCCAAAGGGGACAUAUGUUAAGUUACAGCCCCACACAAAAGACUUCUUGGAUAUUUCCAAUCCAAAAGCUAUAUUAGAAACAACAUUGAGGAAUUUUUCCUGCUUGACUACUGGAGAUAGCAUUAUGGUGGCUUACAACAACAAGAAAUAUUACAUCGAUAUUAUAGAAACUAAGCCUGCCAAUGCUAUAAGCAUUAUUGAGACUGACUGUGAGGUAGACUUUGCACCUCCCUUAGAUUACAAGGAACCUGAAAAGCCCAUUGCACCACUUUCUACUGGCAAGGCACCACAGGCUGUUGAGGAGACUCCUGCUGAAACUGAACCCAAGUUCAACCCAUUUUCUGGAGCUGGGAGACGCUUGGAUGGAAAACCUUUGAAUUAUGAGCCUCCUCCAGUUUCUUCUUCAGGGUCUAAGGACAAGAAACCUGAUGUUCCAAAUGUCAAUUCACAGUCUUCUGCAGCUUCUAGUUCACAAAGUAAUGCUCGUCAAUCUCAGGGAAAGCUUGUGUUUGGGUCAAAUGCAAACCGCUCUAAAGAGACAGAAAAGGCGAAAGAGUCAAAACCAGAGCCACCCAAAGAACAAGAAGAAAGUAAAUUUCAGCCUUUCACAGGGAAGAAGUAUUCUUUACGGGGCUGAUUAAUAUCAAUUAAAUGCUUUUUAACGUUUAUUGUAAGUACUUAGAAGUUACCGUAAUUACUUGCGAAUGAAGCUCUUCAAGAGGUUUGCAAUCGUGUCCGGAAGGUAACACUUUAUCGGAUUCUUAUGUUGCCUAUUAGGAGCAAAGGGAUGCAAAAAAUAACACUAGAUGAAAUAGCAUGAAAAAAUUGGCUUUAUAUUUAUAUGAAUUAAUGUUUUGAACCCUUUUUUUGUUCGUUUUCUGAAGUUUUAAGUCUUGAAGCUGGAUAUGCUGCUAUGCUCAAGUCUUUUUUUAAUGGUUUGAUUCCUCUGUUGUAAUAACAGUAUUGUUGAA